AUGACAGUGAAUUCAGCGAUAUUCAUCAUUAAACAAUAUGGUAUACCAGUCCCACUAGAUCAAUCACUGUGCAACUAUGUUUAUGCUGGUAGAGCUGUAUUUAGUUGUCUUACUAUAUCAGGUCAAACUCAUGUAGUAGAUAUAACAUCAAUAUUAUUACCAUAUGUAAAUAAGGGUGAUCCAGAUUAUACAUUGACAUCAUUAUACUUUCCAUCAUUGGAGUCUAUUGGUUUAAUUCCAACGGUAUAUCCGUCUCUGAGAUAUCUCGUCCUUGGUUUCUAUCCAACCGACGAACUCAUCCAAUUCUCAAAGUCUAAAAUGCCUAUCUUGGAAUCAGUUGAUUUUGCAAUUGGAGAUGGAUCAAAACUUCAUUUUGGAUCUGAUAUCGCUAUCACCUAUCUUUCUUGUUAUGGAUUACCAAGAGGAAUACAAAAUAUACAAUGUACAUUGUCUAUUGGUGACCCUUCAAAAAUGAAUACUUUAGUUGUACAUGGUAGAAAUUCAUCCUUUUCUCCACCCGUGAGUCCUUCAUUCAAGGUAUUAAAAAUGUUGACAAUUAAAUUCCUUAAUAUUACUACCUAUCCAAUUUCCUUUACAUUUCCUCCACUAAUGGAAUCACUUGCUUUUGAAAAUACUCAAAUUACACAAGUUCCAAACAUUCAAUUACCUUCUUCGGUCAAAGUACUCUCAAUCCUUUUUAAUAAUGUCGCUGGAACAGUAGAUUAUGAUUACGUAUUUGCAAACAGUACCAAUUUGCAACUUUAUCUCCAAAGUCCUCUCAUCGUUGGAUCUAUUCCCGAUAGUUUUUGUGACAAUAGACCAUUUGUUUUUGGAACAUCAAUUUCUUCAAUUCCUGAUUGUUUUUGGUGCUAUUCAGGAGACAAUAGCAUUUUCACAACAAGUGCAAUUAAACCACCAACCAUUACUUGUGAUAUAGGAUUGGAUUCAACAUUUCUAGUUACAAAGAAUGGAAAAAUUACUGUAACUGGUAGAGGGUUAGGAUGGGGAGCACCAGAUAUUAAAGCUAUCAUUCCUAAUCGUCAAAUGGAGAUAACGUAUCCUAGUUUUGCAUUACUUGAACCACCAAAAAAUGUUACAUUUAAUUUACAAAAUGUAGGACCUGUUGUUUCAGUGCAAGCAGAGAUUGCUGAAGGAGGUGUCACUAUCAAUGAUGUUAGGUUUUCUCAAAUGGCCAAUUAUGUUGAGGUCAGAAUGUACAUGUACAAUUAUAAUCCCUAUUUUGUCCCUUUGGUUCAAUUCAACGAAAUGGCUGCUCUAUCAAGUGGAAUGACGGUUAACAAAACAAUGAUCACCUUUGCAGUACCCCCAAUGCAAAGUCGACAAUGUUAUAUCAAUGUUAACAACCAGUACUACCAAGCUAACUGGGGGACCUAUUUUUUCAAAACCUUUCCAACCAUCACCAACAUUUCAACUCUGUCGUCACCUGGAACCCCUAUAACCAUCAUUGGUAAUACUGGAGGUUUUGCAAACUCUGUCAUUCAAGUAACAUUCAACAAUGGAACUUUGAGUGAAACCGAUUGUCUAGUAUCAAAUUAUACAUCAACCUAUAUUAUUUGUUCAACUCCAAUCACUCUACCAGGUGUUUAUGGAAAUACAAGUGUUAGAGUAAAUGUUAAUGGUUUCUUUACAUUCUCUAGUGUUGUACUUAAAAGUGUUCAAACCUAUUGUCAAGAAACUACAAAUUAUUGUCAUGGUAAUGGUGAUUGCAAUGAAAGUGGAAUUUGUUUAUGUAAACAAUCAAAUUUUUAUGAUUCUUGUUCAAAAAGUUAUCCAACACUUAGUUCAGGUCAAUAUGAUUCAAAUGAUUUAACAAUGGUUUCACUUUAUGGUGAUUUUGGACCUUUACCAACUCUGACCAAUGUUUCAAUCAAAUUGAAUAAUUCAAUUUCAUGUACACCAACCAUUGUUUCACAAUCAAGUAUCAGUUGUACACUAUCAAGUAAUGCACCAUUUGGAUUAUCAUCAGCUCAAGUGGUACAAGUUUCAAGUGAUACUAGUAACAGUAGUAGUGAUGAAAAUGGAGGAGAAACAGCUCAACAAAAAUGUUCAAGAUUAACAUUUAAUUGUUUUGGUAAUGGUAUUUGUGAUACGAAUGGAAUCUGUGUUUGUAAUCAAAAUUAUAAUCCAAUUGAUCAUUGUUUUACUAAAUUUAUAAAUACAACGAUUAUAGCAAAUUCAACAUCACCAACAGUAUCAUUUGAUGUUGAUGGAUUAGAUUUCCAAUUUGAAUUUAAAUCAAUUCAAGAAUUGGAUUUGGAUAAUAAUGUUUUGAAUUUAUUAAAUAUUGAUGAUUAUUCUUGGAAUGUAAAUGUAUCAAUCAAUGAUAUUAAUACAACUGCAGUUUAUCAAUUAAAUACUACCAAUACAACCAAUAGUAAUAAUAAUUCAACAAGUCAAUUUAAUCCAUUCCAAUCACUUCAAGUAUCAUCAACCAUUUCAUUCUCAUCACAACCAAGAGAAAUUCCAUUUGGUGAUCAAGUCCUUCAAAUCAAUCCAAACUCUAUUAAAUUGGCAAUCAAUGUUAGUGGAUGGCAAUAUAGUUCAAAUGUAGCAACACUCAGAUUAAUAUUCACAUCAGUGGUAAAUCAAAAUCAAUCAAUUGAAUUUAACUGUGAAAAGACUGAAAUUGGUACACUCUCUUUUGACUCGCUAUCAAAUCUUCAAUACCUAAGAGUUGUAAAAGAUAAUAUUCAAUUUAAUGGUAGAUUUAUUGAUUAUGCCAUUUCAGAUGGAAGAGUUGUUUAUUCUCAAACUGAAUUGGUAUCAUUUACUCCAAUAGAUGAUAAAGAUAAUGAUAAUGAUGGUCAAUCAAUUGCAACGAUUGGAAUAAGAUUGCCUCAAUGCCAAGAAUGUUUAUUGGAUCCUGAUUUUACACCACUUUUAAUUGAUAAAAGUAAUGAUCAAGGAUGUGGUGAAUCAUCAUCAAAAGCAUGGAAAAUAGCUGUUGGUGUUGUGGUUGGAGCUGGUGCUGCUAUUGCCAUUGCUGCUGCAACUGUAAUAUUAGUAUUAAAGAAAAGAAAGGCCACUAUUUUCCAAAAGAAAAUGGAUAGAUUAUCUUUCAAUCAAUAA